UGUGACACAAGGAGGUGAAAGCAUGUGGGAGCUGCGGCUUCUGAGGCGGAGCGGCUAGCUAACGAAUUAUAUUUCAUAUUGAGAGUAUUCGUAUUUAUUUAAGUGCAUUUUUUGUUACUUUUUCUUUGUCUUGAAUGCGUUUAUCACAAACGUGUUGUCGUUAGUAGUCGAGUUAUGGGGAAAUCGAAGACUAAAAACCAGAAGAAAGCUCGUGUAGCUGCUAACCAUGUGGCCGAAGAGACGUACGGGUCGGUGCCGCACUCCUUCGUGUUUCACCGUGGACAGAUCGGGAAAAACGUGGCUCAGUUGAUCCUGGACGUCCGCAGAAUCAUGCAGCCAUACACAGCUGAGAGCCUAAAGGCCAGGAAAAAGAAUACCAUGAAGGACUUUGUUGCUAUCGCAGGACCUCUGGGAGUCACCCACUUCAUGAUUUUCAGUAAAACGCCAACCACCAUAAAUAUGAGACUGGCUCGUCUUCCGAAAGGACCCACACUUCACUUUAGAGUUCUCAAGUACACACUGGUCAAAGACGUGGUCUCCUCUCUGAAGAAGCACCGGAUGCAUGACCAGCAGUUCGCCCACCACCCACUUCUGGUCCUCAAUAACUUUGGCUCAGAUGGAAUGCAAGUCAAAUUGAUGGCCACCAUGUUCCAAAACAUGUUUCCCUCCAUAAACGUGCACAAGGUGAGUCUCAACACCAUUAAAAGGUGCGUGCUACUCAACUAUGACCCGGCGACAGAGGAAAUUGAACUUCGGCACUACAGUUUGAAGGUCGUGCCGGUGGGAAUGAGCCGUGGCAUGAAGAAGCUAAUGCAGGAGCGUUUCCCUAACAUGAACAAGUUCGAGGACAUCAGUGAGCUGCUGAUAAAAGGUGCGAACUUGUCGGAAAGUGAAGCUGAACAGGAUGGCGACCACAACAUCACAGAGUUGCCGCAGGUUUAUUCCGGCAGAGGCAACAUGGCAGCACAGCAGAGUGCAGUCCGAUUGACUGAGAUUGGCCCUCGUCUGACCAUGAAGCUCAUAAAGAUCCAGGACGGGAUGGGUGAAGGCAACGUGCUUUACCACGCCGUCAUUUCUAAAACUGAGGAGGAAAUCCAGGAGAUUCUGGAGAGGAAGGAGGCGCAGCUGAAGGAGAAACAGGAGCGCAAGAAGAAACAGGAGCAGAACAUCGCUGUGAAGAAACAGAAACGAGAAGAUAACAAGAAAAGGAGCCUGGAGGGGAUCAAGAGGAAGCGUGGUGAAGCAGAGAAAGAUGACGAUGAAGUGGAGGAUCCUGGACUGCAGGACGAUCAUCCAGCUGCAGGUGACUCAGAAGAUGAGGCUGAAUAUUACAGAGAGGCAGUCGGGGAGGAACCAGAUGAAGAUAUGUUCCCUGCUGCCAAGAAGAGGAGAGCUGCGGGAAAGUCAAGCAUACCGUUCAAAAAGAGGAAGACGUCCAAUAGAAAACCAGGGAUGGAACAACAGACUAAAUCUCUGAAGAGAAACGGUCCUGGACGUGAUAAACAAGGACAGGGGUGGAAGAAGGGGGGAGACAAGGAGAAGACCUUCGGGAAGAAAGGGAAACCUUUUCGGACAAAAACAUUUGGUGAUGGGGAAAAGAGGUUUGAUGGCAAGAAAAAGUUUGGUAAUAAAGACAAGUCUUUCAAACCAAAGGGGCCAAAAGGAAACUUAAAGAAAACAGGUUCUGGAAGAAAGAGUUUCAAACAGAAGAAGGGGAGGGAUGCCAUGGCAACGCCCGACACCGCUUGUGUGAGAUUUCAAAUCAACCUGCUGCCGGCUGUGUACGGAGUGGAGUUUGUUGUGGCCCUGGCUGGGAAUCUGUUGGCCUUGUGGCUGCUGGUGGUCCGGGAGAGAAAGAAUUGGCACACUGGCGUGGUCCUGUCCUGCAACUUGGCCAUCAGUGACCUCCUCUACGUCCUCACUCUGCCUCUGCUAGUCAUCUACUAUGCUUUUAAUAAACACUGGGUGUUCGGAGACGCGGCGUGUCGGAUCGAGAGGUUUCUCUUCACUUGUAAUCUCUACGCCAGCAUCUUCUUCAUCAUGGCCAUCAGCGUGAACAGAUGUGUGGCUCUCACAUGGCCCUUCUUUACUCACUCACACGUGAGACCGGUCCACGCCAAGGCAGCCAGCGUGGCUAUCUGGUUGGUAGUGGCCAUGAUUUCCUGCCCUGUGUUCAAGUUUGCCUCCAUUUGUCCAAAAGGCAACAACACCGAGUGUGUAUCGUUCUGCCAACAAGCUGGGGAUGAAAGCCCACACUACACUUACGUCCUAUUUCUGGCUAUUUUCGGUUGCCUCAUUCCCUUCCUGGUGACGCUCGGGUCUUACGUCGUGGUGAUCUGGGUGGUGUGUAAAAACGCAAACAUCACCGCUCUUGAGAAACGGAAAGUGGCUUUGUUGGUUUCGUCUGUGGUUGUGUUGUACGCUGUUUCUUUUGUGCCCUUUCACAUCUUCAAAACCUACAACACAUAUUUGAGAGAGAAGGCGGAUUUUGUUUGCUGGGUCUAUGAGAUGUACCAAAUUUCGAAGGGGCUGGCCACUCUGAACAUGUGUAUUCACCCAGUACUCUACAUGGCAGUGUUUGAUAGUAUCAGACUUGCCUGCUGUGGCACAAACCGCAAAGAUAAUGAAAGAGCAGCUUUGAGGAAGUGAAACUCCUUAUCGACUGCAACAGAUAUGUUUUUGAAAAUGCUGCAUUAUCUUCUCUAGACUGCCUUCUCAACUGAGAUUUGAACUGCAAGUUAUUUACAGUACUGUAAAGCAUCCCUGAACAGUCAUUCCAUUUAUACCCUGCUAUUGAUCACUCUUUCGAUGUUUUGGUUGUUUCGGUCUUAUUUAUAAUACUUUUGUGUGUCACAAAUAAAUAUAUAAUGUGUUUACUGUGGUACAAGGAACAAGAGAUUCAAUUGUAGAAUCAGCUUUCAGCCAUCAAUUCAAGCGUACAGCACUCAAGAUGUACACAGUUUCAAGGUCUCCAUUCAUUGGAUUUACAGGCUUCCACCACCCUGGAGCCUGAGUUUGAUUCCUAGUCAAUGAAUUAAAUGUGAAGUUGGCACACUGUACUUUUCUAGUUUCCCUUUAUUUCAGUUGUUUAUACUACAAAGCGAAACAUUUAAAACGAUUGAAUUGUAUGGAGGCAGAUUUCUGCCAUCUAGUGUUGAAUACGGAAAGAAACAAUUGAAUAUGAAAAAUAAGAACAGAACAAAAAAGGUUUGAAUCUCUACUAUCAAGGUUUGAAUACAAAAUGAUUGGAGUGAAAAAAAAGUUUUUAAGUGAAAAUAAACGUUUGGGGAAAUUGAAUAGCGGACACAUAAAGCUUUCAAUACCCCAACAAACUCUGCCCAAAUUUAUUUUUCGAAUGAAAAACUCCCUCCACAUUUUUGCAUUUG